AUGACGCCGCCGCCGCCUCUGUUUGACGAGCUCCUCGAGGAGGUCCUUCUCCGCAUUCCGCCGAAUGACCCGGCUAGCCUCCUCCGCGCAGCGCUCGUCUGCAAGCGGUGGGGCCGCCUCGUCUCCGGCCGCGGCUUCCGCCACCGGUUCCGGGACUUCCACCGCACGCCCCCCAUGCUGGGCGCCAUCAUCAACUUCAAGGGCUUCGUCCCCACGUCCUCCUUCCGGUGCCAGGUCCCCGCCGACCUCCGCCGCGACUGUAUGGUGCUCGACGCCAGCCACGGCCACGUCCUCUUCCACAACAUACGACGUGUGGACGAGACGUGGGAUCCAACCCUCUACGUCUGGGAUCCCAUCACCGGCGAGAAGAUGGAGCUGCCCAGGCUGUCACGGGUGCCGGAUCCGAACUUGUGGUUGUCGAAUUUCGCGGUGCUAUGUGCCGCCGCCGGUUGCAACCACCUCGACUGCUGCAAUGGCCCCUUCAUCGUGGUCUUCGUGGUAGUUGGCCGCAACCGCAGUGAGACGUUCGCCCGCGUCUACUCGUCUGAGGUUGGGCAAUGGGGCGAGCCCACCUUUGCUCCGCACAUCAAUGACAGUUUGGGUUGCAUUGACAAUUUGGAUUUGAUGCCCGGUGCUAUUGUGGGGGAUGCACUCUACUUCAUGUUUCACACAACGGACGCAGUCCUGAAAUUCGAUCUGGCAACGCGGGAGAUGGCGACGAUUCACCUGCCAGACACAACCUUUUCACGGCCCAUCGCGCUCAUCGCCACAGAAGAUGGUUGUCUCGGAUUCGCAGGAACAAAGGAGCGUGCACUCCACCUGUGGUCGAGGGUGGCUGGUCCUAGCGGAGAAGCUGGAUGGGCACAAAGCAGAGUCAUUGAGCUCGACACGAUACUCCCUGCCAAUGCCAUCUCACGCACUCCUAUAAUGCUUGGCAGUGUUUGUUAG